AUGGGCCAUGCUGGUCCCCCUGCUGGGGUGGGCGCAUCAGGGCUGGGUCAAAACCCCACACCGAUGUUGAAACAGCCAAUGGUGGGGAUGGCCAGAAUGGCUGCGCCGCCACAAACGCCAGCAGCUCGAAAGGUGGUAGACAUCUCGAUGCUGGACCGGGUGCGGGCUGUUUGCUGCCUCUUGGGCGUCGGAGAUGCAGGCGCCAUGGUGAACAGCAAGCCAGGGGCCAUGCAGGCCGCUGUGGCCGCCAUCAAGAGCGGGGCAGCAUUCAGGUGGGGCACAAACGCAAACACCGUGACAGAUUCCUGCUGA